AUGCCCGAGUCGAAGGCAGGCCAUGGAAAUCUGCGCCAGACACCUCCCAGGCCUGUCGGCAAAGUCCCUCCGCCACGCCUCCUGGAACUCGGGACCCAGCGCCUCGACCUCCUUGGCCGUCGGGCGCAGCUUCGUCGCCGCGUCGAUGAAGUUGGACCCACGCCUGCCGUCCUCGGCCAGCUCCUCGGCCAAGGCGGGCACGUCCUCGAGCGCCCCCAGCAGGGCGGCGUUGCCGAGCGUCUCGGGCGCGCAGGCGGACCGGAACGGCACCAUCAGCAUGUGGUGGUCCUGCAGGUUCUCGCCGACGGCCGGCAGGUCGACCUUGAGCGGGACGCCGGCGCGCUCCAGCACGGCCGCGGCGCCGAUGCCGGACCGCUCGAGGAUGGAGGGCGUGCAGAGCGCGCCGGCGCUGAGCACGACGGUGUUGAGGCGGCUCUUGACGGUGUACGACUCGGACUGCUGCUGCUGCUGCUGCUGCUGCUGCUGCUGCUGCUGCGGCUGGAAGAGCGGGUUCGGGACCAGCUCGAUCCCGCAGGCCCUGUCGUCGUCGUCGAUAAGCACGCGCGACACCUUGUGCUCCACCAGCACGUGCAGGUUCGGGUGCUCCCCGUUGCGCAGCAACGGGUGCAGGUAGCCGUGGGCAGCGUCGGAGCGGUCGCCGGCCGGGCUGACGAAGCGCAGGUGGCGCGACACGGCGUCGACGGUCUCGAGGUCCUGCAGGUCCACCGUCUCGGGGAAGCCGAGCGAGUUGACGGCCCGGAUGAAGUCGUUGGUCAUGGCCUCGUUGCGGUACGUGCCGUUGCUGAUAUGGAUGGGGCCCGUCGAGCCGUGGACGGCUGCGGGGCCGGUGCCGUGCCCUUCCGACUUGCCAGCGCGGAAGAACAGGGCCGUCUUGGCGUUGGGAUCCAGAUUCUUGAUAAAGGCGAAAGGGUUGAUGAUGAGCGGGUCCUUGUAGUUGUCGCGGCCGCCCUCGACCACCAGAACGUGCAGGUUCGGGGCGGCGGCGGCUAG